AUGGGAAGGUUGUUUUCAAGUGCUAGAGGAUCAACGGGUGGCUUGGGGAUACUUUGGAAUCCUCAAGUGGUUAAAAUUAUUCCUUCAGAGAUGUCUAAUUACUGGAUGGUUUGCAGGGUGGAAUUAUUGAUGGGUGAUUUGGAGUUUCCAUUAAUCAAUGUAUAUGGCCCGAUAAAGACAGAGGAAAAGGCGAAGGUUUCGCAAGAUCUUUCAUUGCAUAUUCAAAUUUUGGGGAACGAUAGGGUGGUUAUAGCAGAAGAUUUCAAUGCCAUAUUAGAUUUAGAUGAGAAAAAUGGAGGCCUAAGGAAAUCCAACAGGAUUAUGGAGGACUUUAGAGAUUUUGUGAAUUUCAAUGAAGUGUCUGAUGUGGUGUCAAAUAAUGGAUUAUACACCUGGACUAAUAGAAGAUUGAACUUCUCUAGGAUUUCUAAGAGGCUAGACAGUUUUCGUUUUGUGAAGAGACUACAUUUUUUAGAAGACAAAAUUCAGCAGUGGAAUGUGGCAUCAUUUAAAAACAUUUUUGUAGAAAAAUUAAGACUAGAGGGGGAAUUAACAGCUCUCAACGAGACAUUGAUGAAUGCAGGGAUGUCUAAUCAGGGAUUUGAGAAAGAAAAAGAGCUAAGAGAGAGUCUAGCGGAGGUCCUUAGAAGAGAGGAGAUCUAUUGGAGAGACAAAUAUAGGGAGUUGUGGAUUAUGCUAGGGGAAUCUAACACCAAUUUCUUUCACUCCUCAAUUAAAGAAAAACACUCUCUUAACAAAAUAGCAGCAAUUAGAGAUGAUGGAGGCUCAUGGUGCUCAUCUAUGGAGGAGAUUGAAAAGGCAGCAGUGCAACACUUCGAAAAGGUGCUUGGCUCUGGCAAUAGCAUCAAUGCUAGAAGAAGUGACUUUUUGUUGGAUGUGAUUAACAAGGAAGUUUCCAAUGAGGAUAAUGAAGCUUUGAUGGUGCCCUUCUCUCUGCAAGAGGUCAAGGAAGCUACCUUCUCAUUGCAUCUUAAUAAGGCACCAGGCCCAGAUGGAUUCAUGGUGGAGGUUUCCUAG